UAAUAUGCAAAAAAUGAUGUGCCCCUGCCUUUUUACGCCUCCAACUGUGAAGAACGAGUCUCAACCAAGAAAGGACGUCAAUAAUAACAUGGACAAAGCAGCUGGGGACAUUCGCAGCCUGGCGAAACAAGAAGUUGCUAUCUUAAACCAUCUAAGCAAGAAACCUGGUGUGAUCAUGCCCACUGUAGCAGAGAAAGAGAGGCUUCUCCAGAAUGGUACCAAGCAAAGGUCUGGGUGUCCAAGGCAUGUAAAAAUUAAAAACUGGGAAACCGGGACAAGCCUUCAAGACGUGUUGCACCAUCAGGCCAAAGAGGUUCUUCACUGCAGGACCAAAGUGUGCCAGGGAUCUGUCAUGAACCCCAAAGGUUUGGUCAGAGGUCCCCGAGAUGGCCCCAUCCUGAGAGAUGAAUUAUUACCCCAAGCAAUAGAGUUUGUCAAUCUAUUCUACAAUGCAUUUAAAGAGCCAAAAAUAGAAGAGCACCUGGCGCGUCUGGAAGCUGUGGCCGAAGAGAUUGAAACAACAGGAACUUAUCAGUUGACCACGGAGGAACUCAUCUUUGCAACAAAACAGGCCUGGAGAAAUGCUCCGAGAUGCAUUGGGAGAAUCCAGUGGUCCAAUUUACAGGUAUUUGAUGCCCGUAGUUGUACUACAGCCAAGGAAAUGUUUGAGCACCUCUGUCGACACUUGGAGUAUUCCACCAAUGAAGGAAAUAUACGAUCUGCCAUCACUGUCUUUCCCCAGAGGACUGAUGGGAAGCACGACUUCCGAAUAUGGAACAGCCAACUCAUCCGAUACGCCGGUUACCAAAUGCCGGACGGUUCUGUGGUGGGCGACCCAGCCAAUGUGGAGUUCACACAGCUAUGCAUGCAGCUUGGUUGGAAGCCCAAAUACGGCUGCUUUGAUGUGGUUCCACUGAUCCUCCAAGCUGACGGUCAAGACCCAGAACUAUUUGAACUGCCGCCAGAGCUCAUCCUUGAAGUGCCGAUGGAGCAUCCCACAUAUGAAUGGUUUAAAGAACUGGACCUGAAGUGGUAUACAGUUCCUGCUGUCUCAAACAUGCUCCUUGAGGUUGGCGGCCUGGAAUUCACAGCUUGCCCUUUUAAUGGCUGGUACGUGGGGACCGAGAUCGGAGUACGGGACUUCUGUGACGCACAGCGCUACAAUCUUCUUCAGGAAGUGGGGAGAAGGAUGGGCCUGGAAACAAACAAGCUCUCCUCCCUGUGGAAGGACAAGGCUGUGAUAGAGGUGAAUGUUGCAGUGCUGCAUAGCUUUCAGAAACGAAACGUCACCAUCAUGGACCAUCAUUCUGCUGCCGAGUCAUUCAUGAAGUACAUGCAGAAUGAAUACCGGAUUCGAGGGGGGUGUCCGGCUGACUGGGUUUGGCUUGUCCCCCCCAUCUCGGGCAGCAUUACCCCUCUCUUCCACCAGGAGAUGUUGAACUACAUCCUCUCCCCGUUCUAUUAUUACCAGGUGGAGGCAUGGAAAACGCACGUCUGGAAGGACAAGGGACGCAAGCCCAGGAAGAGAGAGAUAAAAUUCCGCAUCUGGGUCAAGGCGGUGCUUUUUGCGUCGUCACUAAUGCGUAGGGCCACAGCAGGGAGGGUCAAGGCAACCGUCCUGUACGCCACAGAAACAGGAAAAUCGGAAACGCUGGCCCGGAACCUUUGUGACCUGUUCAACUGUGCCUUCAAUACCAAAGUUAUCUGUAUGGACGAUUACGAUCUAAGGGACCUUGAAAAGGAAACUCUCCUCCUGGUGGUCACCAGCACUUUUGGAAACGGCGACUCGCCGAGCAAUGGAAAAAUGUUGCAGAACUCCCUGCUGUCUAUGAAACAACUGAGUAACAAAUUCAGAUACGCUGUGUUUGGCCUGGGUUCCAGCAUGUAUCCAGAGUACUGUGCCUUUGCCCAUGCUGUAUACCAAAAGCUCACGCAGCUGGGGGCGUCUCCACUCACCCCGAUGGGCGAAGGGGAUGAACUCAAUGGGCAGGAAGAAGCUUUUCGAAUGUGGGCAGUCAAUACUUUCAAGAUUGCCUGUGAAAUUUUUGAUAUCCGUGGAAAGAACAGGAUCCUGGUUCCAAAGGCCUAUACAUGUAAAGAAACCUGGGACCCAAAGGAUUUUAGGAUUGUUUAUGACUCUCAGCAUCUGGAUUUGGGCAAAGCACUCGGUGACAUCCAUGGGAAAAACGUCAUUCCAACGAAGCUCAAAUUUCGGCAGAAUCUGCAAAGUCCAAAGUCCAGUCGGGCUACCAUCCUCAUUAAGCUUUCCUGUGAGACGAAUCAGGAAGUCAAGUAUCUACCCGGAGAUCAUCUUGGGAUCUUCCCUGCCAACCAUAAAAGUCUUGUAGAUGGCAUCAUUGCCCGUAUCACAGAUGCGCCUCCGCCGGACGAGAUCAUUAGGCUGGAAACACGUCGUGAUCGGCCCUACUGGGCGGCAGACAAGAAGUUUCCAGCCUGUACCCUCUCCCAAGCCUUGAUGCAUUUCCUGGAUGUCACUACACCCCCUUCCCAACAGUUGCUCAGAACGCUUUCCCAGCUGGCAAAGGGAGAAACAGAGAACAAAAGGCUGGACCUCUUAGGCCAUAACUUGGAGGUAUACAACAAAUGGAAGUUUCACAACAGCCCCACCAUCUUGGAGGUCUUAGAGGAGUUCCUGUCUGUUGAGGUCUCAACGUCUUUCCUCCUGUCCCAGCUGCCUUUGUUGAAACCCAGAUAUUACUCCAUUAGUUCCUCGCAGGAUCAGGAGCCUGGAGAACUUCAUCUGACAGUCGCUGUGGUCACCUACAGGACCAGAGAUGGAAAAGGUCCAGUACAUCAUGGGGUAUGCAGCACCUGGCUGAACACUCUCGACUUAAGCAAGACAAUUCUGUGUUUUGUACGCAGCGCUGAUGGAUUCCGGCUCCCCAAAGACCCAAGCAAACCAUGCGUCCUGAUUGGGCCGGGCACAGGAAUGGCGCCGUUUAGAAGCUUCUGGCAACAGCGUCUCUACAACUUGGAAACGAAAGGGAUCAAGGGGAGGAGUAUGAUCCUGUUAUUCGGCUGCCGGAACGCCAGCCUGGAUCACCUCUACAAGGACGAAAUGGAGGCAAUGAAGAGGAAAGGGAUCCUUCAGGAGGUCUACACAGCUUACUCCAGAGAGCAUGGCUAUCCCAAAGUUUACGUCCAAGACCUUCUUCGGAAUGAGCUAGAAUGGGAAGUGCACCGUCUCUUACAUGAAGAGGACGGCCACCUGUAUGUCUGCGGGGAUGUCCGGAUGGCCAGGGAAGUGGCUAAGACCUUAAAGGAGAUGUUUGCCAAACAGCUGGAUUUGACGGAGGAACAGGCGGAAGAUUACUGCUUUCAGCUUAAGAGACAGAAGCGAUACCACGAGGACAUAUUUGGGGCUGUGUUUUCCCAUGAGAACCAAAGAGACUUGGAAGAAAUGAAACCUGGCAGAGACCUCAGCAACUGCAGAUCUCAACCCCAACUAGAAUUUUAGCCAUACAUUUGCACAGGUGUCCUGCCUUUAUCCUGCCGGGUGGGGGGCAGAAUUUUGCUUUCUCCCUAUAUUCUGCCUACAUGGAUGGGAUUAGCAGGAUUUGGCCCAUAAAGCUCCAUCUUUUAAAAACAGUACAUACUAUUUUAUUUAAUUCUGUUUAUUCUGUAAAUGACUUUUACAUUUGUGUAUAUUUUAUUGAAAGCUUAGUAACAGCUUUUUUUUAAAAAAGGAUAUAUAUUCUUGGACAAAGGUAUUUGUGAUCUGAUUUUAUGCUGUAUCUGAUCUUUUUAGGGAAAGGAACAAAAAGCAAUCUAGAAAACUCAAAUUAUCAUGAGCAAUCACUAGCUCCCACUUGACUAAGGUCAGGCCAUUGUGCCAGGUGCAUUGGGGCGGGCAGUGUUGAGGCAAAGGGCAAUCUUAUUGGUGCAGCUGGGUGGUGGUCCUACUGGUUGCCUGUCCAGCUGCACUGUAGCUCAGCUCCUCCUAGGAGUGGAUUCUGACGGGGCAGGGCUUGAAUCAGACUAGAGAGAGAGAGAGACCCUCUCCUUCUACUCUGCUCCUGGUUCAUAAACAGAGAUCCUGCCCCAGGCGUUGGCAUUGCCAACUUCCCUCCUACCUCCUUUGGCACUCAUCACUUACCUAUGGCCAUAGGCUAGCUGCUGCUUUGAUGAGGCUGGGAAGGAAUUUUUAUCUAAGCGUUGUUGGGUUUUCAGUUUUGGCCAGAGGGACAGUUGCUGUUAUACUGCUUUCGGUGCAUCCCAUCUCUGUUUUAUGAAUCUGGGGGCACCCUCUGGGGUCAAGCUCUGCUCCCUCUUACUCCAAAAGCUGGGGCUUGUGAGAUUGAGCGUGUUUCCCCUUGAAGCCAGCUUCACGCCGACAUCAAAACUGAUUGGUCAUCAACCCACGGCCACUCCAAGCUGUGUCCAACGGAAAUGCUUUGCUGUAGGGUAGACAGGGACAGGGGAACGGCCUACCUCUUUGCUGUGGAUGGUCCUAAAAAGUCUGACAUCAGCGGUGCAGCUGGGAGAUGUCAACCCCUACAGGCAGAUUCAGUUCAAAUCGCAGCCUGACAAAAUGGUUUCACCGCUUUUGAAGCAGCUAGUGUGCACGUAGCUAAUGUGGCAUCACCACAUCUGCCAUUUCUUGUCAUCUUAACAUGAUCUUCCCUUCCCUGACACACCCCCAGAGCAAAAACAUAAGCCAGUGUGAUUGUGGUGGUUUUAGUGUGUUGGGAAUAGGGCCAUGGGGAUCCCUGGUUCAAAUCCCCCCCACUCGGCCACAAAACUCACAGCUGACCUUGGCCCAGUCACUUUCUUGCUCAGCCUGGCCUACCUCACAGUGGUGUUGUGAGGAUGAAAUGUGCCUCUGAAGGAGCUGGUCUCUUUCGGCACAGGGCCUACAGAUUGUAAAAAGAGCAAAAUGAAUUUGAAGCAUGUAAGAGGAGCCUCGCAGAAUCAGGCCAGCAGCCCAUCUAGUCCAGCAUCCUGUUCUCACACUGGCCAGCCAGAUGCCCCAAUGGGAAGCCAGCACAGGGCUAGCUGGCUUGAAGACAUUUGUCUCUCACUCUUUGUAGGGGGAGGGGAGGGGGAAACCAGAAUUCCCUGCAACAAGAAAAUCUUUUUGCAGCAAUAGCAACUAUUGUCAUACAACUAGCAACAGUUAACUGACACCAACAGUUGUAGCUUACUUGUUGCUUAUGCUUGUUAGUUAAUUGGCUGUGUUGUUUUUUAAUUUAUAAAAGAAAUAAAUCAUUGGUCCUGUUUGGUGAA